AUGGCUGGACUUCCAGACCCGACUGAUGACCUGGACUGGUCUGGUUAUGUCGGAUCAAUCCAAGAAAUAUUCGGGCGAAACGCCCUCAGCCACCCGGACCGCACAUGCGUCGUAGAAACCGCUUCGCCCGAGGGACCGGAACGCCGAUUUACCUAUAAACAGAUAUACGAAGCAUCAAAUACAUUAGCUCACUAUCUCCAUGACGCAGGAAUCACCAAUGACGAUGUGGUCAUGAUCUUUGCCCAUCGCUCGGUUGACCUGGUCGUCGCUAUUUUGGGUACUUUGUCUUCAGCUGCGACUUUUACUGUCCUCGAUCCCGCAUACCCCCCUGCGAGACAACAAGUCUACCUCGAAGUCGCCCAACCCCGUGCAUUAAUCAACAUUGGCCGGGCCACCGACGAAGCCGGACCCCUUGCCCCGAUUGUUCGACGAUAUAUCGACGAUGAGUUGAACCUCAAGGCUGAAGUGCCAUCGCUUCGCAUUGGAGAUGACGGAAUUGUUUCAGGCGGAGAACUUGACGGGAAGGACAUUUUUUCCAAUGCUCGAAACAAGGCAGCCACCCCUCCUGCCGCUGAAGUCGGCCCUGACAGCCAUCCCACGCUUUCCUUUACGUCAGGAUCAGAAGGACGACCUAAGGGUGUCCUAGGUAGACAUUACAGUCUAUGCAGAUAUUUUGCUUGGAUGGCUGAACGCUUCGGAUUGAGCUCGGAAAGCAAGUUCACAAUGUUAAGUGGAAUUGCACAUGAUCCAAUCCAACGAGAUGUCUUUACUCCGUUAUUCUUGGGUGCCCAAUUGUUAGUCCCUGCACGAUCUGAUAUUGCCCAUGAAAGGUUGGCAGAAUGGAUGGCCAAACACUCGCCAACAGUGACACAUUUAACUCCAGCUAUGGGACAGAUUCUUGUUGGAGGAGCUAGCGCCUCUUUCCCCAGCCUUAAAAGCGCUUUCUUUGUCGGGGACGUCUUGACUACGAGAGACUGCAAAGCAUUGCGAGCUCUCGCACAAAACGUCAAUAUCGUUAAUAUGUACGGAACAACCGAAACUCAGCGUGCCGUGAGUUAUUACUAUAUCAAGAGCAGAGCCGAGGAUCCCCAUUCCAUGGAUCAUCUUAAGGAUACUGUUCCAGCAGGAAAAGGCAUGGAAAAUGUUCAGUUACUUGUCGUCAACCGUGAAGACAGGAACAAGUUGUGCUCUGUCGGAGAAACUGGUGAAAUUUACGUACGCGCAGCUGGUUUAGCUGAAGGAUACCGAGGCGACCAGGCUUUGAACGAGGCCAAGUUUGUGCCGAAUUGGUUUGUUGAUAACAAUAAAUGGGUCGAAGAAGACCAAAAGAAGAGCAAAGGUGAACCGUGGAGGAAGUAUUACAAGGGGCCACGCGAUCGUUUGUAUCGAACGGGUGAUCUAGGUCGCUACUUGGAGUCAGGAGAUGUUGAAUGCACAGGCCGGGCUGACGAUCAAGUCAAGAUUCGUGGAUUCCGCAUUGAACUUAACGAUAUCGACAGCAACUUGAGCCAAAACUCGAUGAUUAGAGAUUGCAAGACCCUGGUUAGACGUGAUCGAAAUGAGGAACCGACACUCGUUAGCUACAUCGUGCCUGAAAUGAAGUUGUGGCCUCAGUGGUUGGAGUCUCAUGGACUGGAGGACAUUCAUGACGACGGCACGGAUUUCGGUGCCACUAAAGUCUACCUUAAGAAGUUCCGAGCGAUGCAGACAGAGGUCCGAGACCAUCUCAAAGGUAGACUGCCUAGUUACGCAGUUCCAAGUUUGUUUAUUUUCCUCAAAGCAUUGCCAUUGAAUCCCAAUGGUAAAGUUGAUAAGCCCAAUCUUCCUUUCCCCGAUAUUUCUGAGCAAACAGAAGUUGCCUCAUCUGAUGAUAUCAAGCGAUGGGAAUCUUUGACGGAGACCGAAAGAAUGGUUGCGACGAAAUGUGCCAACCUUGUUCGUGGUGUGAAUGAAAAGAAAGUCUCCCUUGAGGAGGAUUUCUUCACUCUUGGUGGCCACAGUCUUCUAGCACAACAGAUGCUGCUAGAUAUUCGGAAGGAAACUGGGGUCCAGGUUUCGAUAAACAGUCUUUAUGAGCAUUCAACUCUGCGUGCCUUUAGCGCACAAAUUGACAGACAGUUACAAGGAGGAGAUAAACAAGUCGAAAGCCAAGAGGAUCCGGCUUACACAAAGUCCUUGGACGAGCUCCUCAAGAUUUUGCCGGCCAAAUUCCAGCCCGCGGAUCCAUCUACCAUUCGCGCCUCUGCGACUCCAACAGUCUUUAUUACCGGGACAACAGGCUUUUUGGGAUCCUUCAUCAUUAAGGAUCUUCUGCAGAGGACUAGUCGACAAGUGCGAAUCAUCGCCCAUGUUCGUGCUAAAGAUGCAGAGUCUGGAAUGGCCCGUCUCGUGCGCUCCCUCAAGGGCUAUGGUUUAUGGCAGGAGCAAUGGAUGUCGCGUAUUAGGUGUGUCGCGGGCGAUCUUUCCAAGCCACAGCUGGGAGUGAGUGAUGAGGAGUGGCAGAGGUUAGCGCAGGAAGUGUCCGUAGUCAUUGCCAACGGAGCCACCGUGCAUUGGGUCAAGCGUUACCAGGAAAUGAUGGCUGCCAACGUGCUAUCCACUAUAGAAGCCAUGAAGCUUUGUAACAUCGGGAAGCCUAAGAUAUUCACAUUCGUGUCAUCAACUAGUGUGCUUGACACGGAAUACUACGUAUCGCUCUCGGAGAGGCAGAUCAGCACUGGAGAAGGUGCCGUAUCUGAGGACGACGAUUUGCAGGGUAGUCGACGCAACCUAGGGACAGGCUACGGACAAACCAAGUGGGUUUCUGAACAACUCACUCGGGAAGCUGGUAGAAGAGGUCUCCGUGGUUCGGUUAUCCGAGCUGGUUAUAUCCUAGGAUGCUCUGAGACUGGAACUUGCAACACGGACGACUUCCUCAUCCGAUUUCUGAAGGGAUCAAUCCAGUUACGAUCUCGGCCGCGAAUCGUCAACACCGUGAACUCGGUGCCAGUCAAUCACGUUGCGCGGGUCGUCGUAGCAGCUGCUCUCAAUCCUCUUGAAGGUGUCAGUGUCAUACAUGUGACUGGCCACCCGCGCCUUCAAAUCAGCUAUGAUGAAUGGAAACAGGAGCUGGAGAAAUACGUCUCUGCAGGUGGUCAUGAAAAGGAUUCAGAACAGCACGCGCUCAUGCCCCUGUUCCACUUCUGUGUCAACGAUCUACCUGGGAAUACCAAGGCCCCCGAGCUGGACGACCGAAACGCCGUCAAGAUUCUCAAGGCAGACGCAGACCACUGGACAGGCGUCGAUGAAAGCGCUGGCUACGGCAUUAGUCGCGAGGAUGUCGGUCGUUAUCUGCGAUAUUUGGCCGAAACUGGUUUUAUCAACUGGCCUACAGGCCGUGGGAGAGCUCUUCCUGAGGUCCAUCUGACGGCUGACCAGCUGCAGGUUGUUGGAGCUGUUGGAGGCCGUGGUGGUGGUGUCUCGAAAUGA